CGAAACGCCCGCUUUCUCCGGUUCAAGGUUGUGGAGGGGAAAGCCGUGUUUGGAGCAGCAGAACCAUUGCUUACAGACCUGGAAUCAAUUUUAUCAGAGGCUUCAAUCUCGUCAAUACAUAUUUGAAAUGAUCAGAAAUCCCUUAAUUAUGUAUGGCAGAAUGUUCUAAGUGUAAUGCCUUAAUGAUCUAAAAUCGUUUAUUUGUUCUUAAAUUCAAUUUAAUUUCCAAUGUAUAAGACAGGCAAAAAACGGAAAAAGGGUUAUGUCGGGGAGUCUAUUUUGUCUUAUUUUAUCCGAGACGAAAAAUACAAAGCUCCUGCCAAAACCGUGAACCCAUGUAAUAUAUCUACAUCUCUCCCAGUAUCUAAAAGCAACCCACUCGAAAAAACUCCUAGAAAAUGCCCUUUUUAUAAAUGGAUUCCAGACACAUCAUUUACUGUUGAUGCUUUCUGUUAUGCUGAAAUUCCAGGAUGUACCUGUUACUUCCUCUCCCAUUUCCAUUUUGAUCAUUUCAGAGGAAUCCACAAGAAUUUUAAAGGAGAUAUCUAUUGCAGCGAGGUGACAAAGAAUCUUUUGAGAAAUGCUUAUGGUUUGGGGCUGGUUAUUAAUGUACUUGAGAUAGAGAAGAGUACAAAGAUUGGCGAUGUAGAAGUAACAGCUUUAGAUGCUAAUCAUUGUCCUGGCUCUUUGAUGUUCCUUUUCUAUGUGCCAUCAAAACAGAAGACUUAUCUGCAUACUGGUGACUUUCGUUAUACACCAUCAAUGUUAACUCAUCCAAGCAUAUUAACAAAUUAUUUAUCGGACGAUAGUUCUUCCAAAAAGUUACCAAGAAUACAUUCAAUAUUUUUGGAUACAACAUAUUGUUCAUCUCAGUAUGACUUUCCUACUCAACUGGAUGUUAUUCAUGGAGCACUGGAAGUUACACGUGAUUAUCUGAUAAAAGAUCCUACUAUUUUAGUUAUUUGUGGAAUGUACUCAAUAGGCAAGGAACGAUUUACACUUGGUCUUGCCUCUAAACUAAACCUAAAGGUUUGGUUGCCAAACAAUCAAAAUCGUUUAAUCAAGCUAGCUGCACAAGGCGGUUGUACUAUAUGCAAAGAACUGCUUCAAUAUGUCGUUGAUAGUUCUCACAAAGCUCAACUUCAUGUUCUACCUAUGCAGCAAUUAAAUGUGACAAGCCUUGUUGAAUAUCAAAAGAAAUUGGGCAGUCGAUUACCGAUUGAUCCUUUUCACAGUUCAUCAACCCUUUCUAAAUUGAGGUCUAUUCUAGGCUGGCGCCCAACUGGUUGGUCUCAUCGGCAGUCAAAUAAUACUCAAACAUCAAUGAAACCUCCACGGAACGGCAUUGUUUUGGAACAGACAAAGGGCGACAUUCACAUUUAUGGUGCAUCAUAUAGUGAACAUAGUAGUUUUCUGGAGUUAAAACAAUUCAUUACACGUCUUCAUCCUGUACAAGUACAACCUACUGUUUUUGGUAAAUCGAUUACUAUGACGAAAGAUACAGUAAACAGCUGGUUGAAAUGAAAAAAACGUCAGUGUCAUGGCAAAGACCAUUAGUUUAACUUGGAUAAAUUAUUCGUACAGAAAUACUUUUCUUGCUUCUGUUAAAUAAAAUAUUGAUUUUUGGAAGAUACUAUUUUUCUUAUUAUUGGUAUAGUCUACCAAUCAAAUCUACAAUAAAUUGUUUGUUUUCUAAUUA